CGGGAAGCGCGUUUCUGCGCCGCCACACCGACGGACGGACAGACGGAGUGUGAUCAGUGCGCCUCGGCUGCUGUGCUCUGCCUUUCUCUCUCUCUCUCUCUCUCUCUCUGUGUGUCACCCCGAGACCUCCCCGCUCCCGUCCAGAUUGGGGAUCGAGGUACCAGAUUGACCGGAUUCACCACGCCGAGCAGCAUGUAGCACCUGGAGCUCCGCGCUCAUCGCCUCCCUCCUGCGCUCCUCCUCCGUCUUCUGUCCCUCCCGGAGCGGUCAUUUCUCCACCCGGGAAAGCAAAGCCUGCAUAAGGAUUUUGGGGGAUUUUUUUGGGGUGGGUGGGGGGAUUUAUUUAUUUUAGAGGAGUGUCUGUGUGUGUUCAUCCCCGCCGCUCUGCACCUCUCGGUCGAUGGUCGUUGAGGAAGCUUCCAUCUUGAGUCCCGUAAAUACCGAGAGAACCAUGGCGAGCGACUCCCCAGCGCGGAGUCUGGACGAGAUAGACCUGUCUGCACUACGGGACCCAGCUGGUAUCUUUGAGCUGGUCGAACUGGUUGGAAAUGGCACCUAUGGGCAGGUCUACAAGGGUCGCCAUGUCAAAACAGGCCAGCUUGCUGCCAUCAAGGUCAUGGACGUCACCGGAGAUGAGGAGGAGGAGAUUAAAGCUGAGAUCAACAUGUUGAAGAAGUACAGCCACCACAGGAACAUUGCAACCUACUACGGAGCCUUCGUCAAGAAGAACCCUCCUGGAGUGGAUGACCAGCUUUGGCUGGUGAUGGAGUUCUGCGGGGCCGGCUCGGUGACAGAUCUGAUCAAAAACACCAAAGGGAACUCGCUGAAGGAGGAGUGGAUCGCCUACGUCUGCAGAGAGAUCCUCAGGGGUCUGACCCAUCUCCACCAGCACAAGGUCAUCCACAGAGAUAUCAAGGGCCAGAACGUGUUGCUGACAGAGAACGCCGAAGUUAAACUGGUGGACUUUGGUGUGAGCGCUCAGCUGGACCGUACGGUGGGACGCAGGAACACGUUUAUCGGGACUCCAUACUGGAUGGCCCCGGAGGUCAUCGCCUGUGACGAGAACCCCGACGCCACAUAUGACUUCAAGAGUGAUUUGUGGUCGCUCGGUAUCACAGCUAUAGAGAUGGCAGAGGGAGCGCCGCCUCUGUGUGACAUGCAUCCAAUGAGAGCGCUCUUCCUCAUCCCCAGAAAUCCUGCCCCCAGACUCAAGUCUAAGAAGUGGUCGAAGAAGUUCCAGUCGUUCAUAGACAGCUGUCUGGUGAAGAGCCACAGUCAGAGGCCGAGCACCGAGCAGCUCCUCAAACACCCGUUCAUCAGGGACCUUCCCAACGAGCGGCAGGUCCGCAUCCAGCUGAAGGACCACAUCGACCGCACCAAGAAGAGGAGGGGGGAGAGGGAUGAGACGGAGUACGAGUACAGUGGGAGCGAGGAGGAGGAUGAAGAGAGGGACGUUGGAGAGCCCAGUUCCAUCAUCAACAUUCCCGGCGAGUCCACUCUGAGGCGGGACUUCCUGCGCCUCCAGCUGGCCAAUAAGGAGCGAUCGGAGCUGAUCCGGCGUCAGCAGCUGGAGCAGCAGCAGAACGAGGAACACAAGCGGCAACUAUUGGCUGAGAGGCAGAAACGUAUCGAGGAGCAGAAGGAACAGAGGCGACGGCUGGAGGAGCAGCAGCGCCGGGAGCGAGACAUGAGGAAGCAGCAGGAGCGGGAACAGAGGAGGAGGUACGAAGAGAUGGAGCAGCUCCGCCGGGAGGAGGAGAGAAGGCACGCGGAGAGAGAACAGGUAGGAACACAGGAGUAUAUCCGUAGACAGCUGGAGGAGGAGCAGAGGCAGCUGGAGAUCCUGCAGCAGCAGCUCCUGCAGGAGCAGGCCUUACUGCUGGAGUACAAGAGGAAGCAGAUAGAGGAGCAGCGGCAGGCCGAGCGGCUGCAGAGGCAGCUGCAGCAGGAGCGAGCGUACCUGGUGUCGCUGCAGCAGCAGCAGCAGCAGGAGCCGCCGCGGCCGCCGCAGGACAAAAAGCAGCUGUACCACUACAAAGACCAGGCGCCCAGCACCAACGACAAGCCCGCCUGGGCCCAAGAGGUGAUGCGUCGAGCUCAGAGCAACUCGCCUCGUAUCCCUCCCAAGAAACACCACUCUUUCAAGGAGACGAAGGACGUCAACCUCGACAACCUCCUCUUACUCCCCGGUUACAAACCCCUUCGCCCCCGCCCCCCUUCCUACCCCGCCCAUGACAGUCCCUCCAGGGAUAAUAACCCCCACAUGCCUCAAAUCCGUGUCACCUGUGUCCCUGAGUUCUCCCAGCCGCUGAGCCCCGAGUCCAGGGGCCGGACCCCCAGCCGCCGGGUGGAGGAGCAUUAUAAGAUGAACAGACAGACUUCUCCUGCAUUGCAGCAUAAAGUCUCCAACCGGAUCUCGGACCCGUCGCUGCCGCCCCGCUCCGAGUCCUUCAGCAGCGGAGGCAUCCAGCAGGCCCGGACCCCGCCGAUGCACCGCUCCGUAGAACCACAGAUGGCCCACCUGGUGCAGGUGAAGAGUCACGGUCUGUCAGGGUCCCAGUCUCUGUACGACCCCCACGGCGUGUCCUCCUCCUCGGCGUCACCCUCCCCCUCCCGGCCUCCCAUGCCCCGGCAGAACUCCGACCCCACCUCCGACACCCCUCCUCCCCCGCCCCUCUCCCGCCUGGCGCCCCCCCUCGACAAGUUGGACCGCAGCUCCUGGCUGCGGCAGGACGACGACAUGCCGCCCAAGGUUCCUCAGAGGACGACCUCCAUCUCUCCUGCUCUGGUCAGGAAGCACUCUCCUGGAAAUGGACCUGGCCUUGGACCUCGGGCUGGAGCGCACCUCAUACGGGCUAGCAACCCUGACCUGCGGCGGACCGACGUUUCCAUGGAUACGCCGCUGAAGAGGACGAGCAGCGGCAGCUCCUCCAGCUCCAGCACCCCGAGCUCCCAGGGAGGCUCCAACGAACGAGGUAAUUCAGCCAUUAAGACUGACGGCUCGACACUUUCUUCCCACGAGACCAAAGACGACAGCAGAGAAGUGACACGACCCAGCAGGCCUGCAGACCUGACAGCUCUGGCCAAAGAGCUCAGGGAGCUGAGACAGGGGGAGGAAACCAGCCGCCCGCCCGUCAAAGUGACGGACUACUCUUCAUCCAGCGAGGACUCUCACAGCAGCGAGGACGAGGAGGGAGAGGGCGGGCCUAAUGACGGGACAGUGGCUGUCAGUGACAUACCACGCAUCAUGCCAGCGAGUCAAGGUACCAACGAGUCCUUCAGCAUGAUGGGAGGUCAAAACGACGCCCACGACGACUCGUAUGGAAACAGCUCCCAGGACAGCACCCUGAUGAUGCGCGAGAAACAUAGGGAACGAAGGCGGAGCUCUACCGCCAGCAAUGGUUUUCCUGGCAACGCUAAUCUGUUCGCUGGCAACGCCAAUCUCCCUGAUUUGGUACAGCAAAGCACCUCCCCUCUGGUCUCCCCUGGCGACGCCUCUGGGGCCCAAUACGGGAUGGGAAGCGGCGGAGGCUCCAAGGCUUCCUUCACACCGUUCGUUGAUCCGAGGGUGUACGGCACCUCCCCGACUGACGACGACGAUAACAUCUCUGCCUCAGCGCUGUUUGCUGAUGAGCUGCUGAAGCAGGAGCAGGCGAGGCUCAACGAGGCCAGGAAGAUCUCUGUGGUCAACGUGAACCCGACCAACAUCAGGCCGCACAGCGACACCCCGGAGAUCCGCAAAUACAAGAAACGCUUCAACUCUGAGAUCCUCUGCGCUGCUCUCUGGGGAGUGAACCUGCUGGUGGGGACGGAGAACGGCCUGAUGUUGCUGGAUAGAAGUGGUCAAGGAAAAGUUUACAACCUGAUCAAUCGACGGCGCUUCCAACAGAUGGAAGUCCUGGAGGGACUCAACGUCCUGGUCACCAUCUCAGGGAAGAAGAACAAGCUGCGUGUUUACUACCUGUCCUGGCUGAGGAACAGGAUAUUACACAACGACCCUGAAGUGGAAAAGAAACAGGGCUGGAUCACUGUUGGGGAGCUGGAGGGCUGCGUGCACUACAAAGUCGUGAAGUACGAGAGGAUUAAAUUUUUGGUGAUUGCUCUGAAGAACGCAGUGGAGAUCUACGCCUGGGCGCCUAAACCUUACCACAAGUUUAUGGCCUUCAAGUCGUUCACUGACCUGCAGCACCGCCCCCAGCUGGUGGACCUGACUGUGGAGGAGGGGCAGAGGUUAAAGGUCAUCUACGGCUCCAGCGUUGGCUUCCACGUCAUCGAUGUGGACUCUGGGAACCCCUACGACAUCUACAUCCCCUCACAUAUUCAGGGUCAGGUGACCCCGCACGCCAUCGUGGUUCUGCCCAAGACGGACGGCAUGGAGAUGCUGCUGUGCUACGAGGACGAGGGCGUCUACGUCAACACCUACGGACGCAUCACCAAAGACGUGGUGCUGCAGUGGGGCGAGAUGCCCACCUCCGUCGCCUACAUCCACUCCAACCAGAUCAUGGGCUGGGGAGAGAAGGCCAUUGAGAUCCGCUCCGUGGAAACGGGACACCUCGACGGAGUUUUCAUGCACAAGCGAGCUCAGCGACUGAAGUUCCUGUCCGAGAGGAACGACAAGGUUUUCUUCGCCUCAGUGCGUUCCGGCGGCAGCAGUCAAGUCUUCUUCAUGACCCUCAACAGAAGCUCCAUGAUGAACUGGUAACCCUUCUCCUUCGACCCACAACCCUCCUCUUCUUCACUCUGACGUCCAGAGAGAGGGACGGAGGGAUGAGGAGGACAGUGUAUGUGUGUGUGUGUGAAUACAAAGUGUGUGUGUGUUUGUAGAGGACAUCAACAAGCUGCUGAACAGACAAUUGAGCAACUGGAGGAAGAGUUAAACCGCAGGAGCGUGUCCCCCGAUAUAGAUACCCUCCAACUAUAGGGGUCGCUAAAGGCCCCGUGUAUGGUGUCACUGCCUGCUGGAAAAGAGGUGACUCCACAAACUGACAGUGACGCCUUUCGCCUUCCCUGUGGACUGUUCGAAUGGGCUGAUGGGUGUUCUUGAGAGUUUGGAUCCAGGCUUUUAAGGACGCUGACAUCGUGCCGAGUAGCCUUUUACUUCCCCGUGUGACUGAAUGGGGAGCUGCAGAGAAGUUCUCUGUGUAGCACAUUAAUGAUUUCUUACAGGGUGUUCACACUGCGAGUACAAUUUGCCGUCUUGUUUGUUGGUGGGGAUGCAGGUGUUCUGACUCCAGGCAUGUUUUGCUGCGCUGUGGUGUAGUGAGAAAUCACUGCUGGCUGUUAAGGUAGCAUCAGAAGAAGAACUUGAGCUUGUCUUUGACCCAAAUAGAGGAUGCAACAGUUUUUGAGCUGAAUUAAAAUCAGGAAACUCAGUAUAUUUACACUAAGCUGGCCUCCAAUUGACCUUGUGUCCACACUGGUUCCCAAAAAUGUAGCUUAUUGAACACAAAGUCGAUAAAUAAUUAAACUCUAACCAAAUGUUUAACUGUGGACACACAAGAAAGGGCCUUUGGAAAACAACAACACGCCCUCUGUCCUUAGACCCUCGAUUCGGAAAAGGGAAAACUCCCAAAAACCCUUUUAACAAGAUGAAAAGAUCCCAGUAAGGCAGUAAAGUUAAUGUUGGCUGUGACGCCCAGUGGAAUUGUUUGUCGGUCCUCGUCGAUACUUCGAGGACAGUCAACUGCAAUGGGGGAUUUCAGAUUGUUGUGGAGGAAAGUUGACAAUCGUGAGAGAAAAUGUGGUGAAAUCUUUGGACGUAAAUCCAAACGAUGGUUCUACAUCUCAGUCUUUCGUCCGCAGCCUGCGUCAAAUGAAUUACUCCCACAGUGCGACUGCUGCUACGACUCACAUCUACCAUCCAACUGAAAUAAGACAUGACUCAGAAUACACAGGCAAGCUAAUGUUAUCACUCUGCAAAAUAUUAUGAUCCCCUGCCCAAGGUGGAUGAUGCAAAUUGAUACUUGCAUCCGCUUUUUUGUUUGUUUUUUAUUUACGUUUUAGAGAUACAGUUCAGCAGACAUUCAUCACACAACCUGACAUGCUUACCGUCUGGCACUAACUGACCCUUCGCUAAGCCACGCCCCCCUUAGUUACUGUUGCUAAGUACGACAAACUGUCGGACCUGACGGACUUUUAGCACGGCGCUGCCACUGUUUAUUACUGCAAGCUAGAAAAUGACUCUUUUUGCAUUAGAGUCAAUGGAGAGUGGACCUCAGUUAGAGAGAGUCUUAUACUGCGCUGUGAUUGGCCAGCCACGUGUUCGGGGAGUGGCUUAGCAAAGGGCCAAUUGUGACCAAGACUAUUAGACUUUAUCUGAACUCCUAACGUUGUUGUUAUUGCACAAUGUAUAGGCACCUUUAAAAGAGAUGUUCCAAUUGUUGAGGCAUUUAAGUUUAAAGUCUUUACAAAAAUCAACCUAACGUGGACAAAUGUAAUUUUCAAACUCUUCCAAUUUAGCCGGUAAAGUGUGGACAAUCAGCCUUUAACCUGAGCUAUUGGCCAAAUGUUGACUUCAAAUUAUAUACAUGAUGGUUCUUGUUCAUUGUUAUCACCUAAACCACUUCUGGUGGUGAUGACUGGUCAACUGAAUAUCAGUGGAUGUUUUGUAGACUAAAAUCUUGUAGCAAAAACUCAAGGGUGUCUUCUCUGCGUUGUCAGACGCUUUCUUCGUAAAAGCAAAAAUCAGACGGGUCUACGUCAGAAUCCGUUGAACUUGAAAUUUCAGCUGUGGCCGACACGCUUGCUGUUUCCUGAUCAUUGCUGUAUCUGUAGGAAAUGAAAGGACCUGCUGUGACUUGAUGACGGUGUUGCUCACAGUGUGAACACUCAUUUUGAGUGCUGCUGCUGAAACACCUUUUAACUCUCUUCCCCGUUAGAAGAGAGAAAAACUGCAAACAAGCUGUUAGUGUCACAAAAACGAGACAUUUUCCAUUUGUCACUGAGGAUGCUGCACAGUUGGUUUCAGCCACUCUGGCUACUUUGUCCUGGUAUGUUUCUGGUAAGGAAAGGAAGGUUGUAGAUAUUGUAUAAUUGCUGCAACAGCAACACAAUAACAGAAUCUUCACAUUGUUUCUCACAAGAAGAACUUGGCGUAGAGUAGUUGCCAACUUCUGGAGGUUUCUUCCUUCGCUGCCCUUUGUUCUCUCCACCCUUUUCUGCCCUUGCUGUUCUGUGUACACUGCACCUGUGUAAAUACUCACUUUGAUGUUAAGGACUGACUUUACAAAGCAGGUGAGAACACUGAAGAAAAAAAAAACGGUCUCGCUUUCUUUCUUUUUUUGUCACACCUCUGUAAAUCUGUCCGUUCUUGUACUUUCUCUCAGAUGGGAGUUUUAUUGUUUCUGACCAACGAGCCGAGCGAAGACUUACAAAAAAGUUUGGUUUGGGUUUUAACUCCGAGUUUACUCUUUCUCUCUGUAAUUCAUCGCUGUUUAUUUAGUUGUGCAUUUUGCAUGGAGACAUACAUGUUUUAUCUGUCAUCACUUGUUAUGAAUUGUAAGUUUAAGGCAAUACGCUGACUGGCCUGACUGUAGACACUUGGCUGUCAGACUCAAACUUUCUACGUGAGUUCAAAAGCAUUUUUCUCACAACACUGAGCUGUAAAUUGAAAGUUUUAACUUAGCCUAGCAUAUAAAUCAGAUAAAUCAAGAUUGUACACUGGAUAAUUACACAUUUACCAUUAAAUCUAUAUUUUAGACAUUUUGUUCAGGCUAUAAAGAGCGAGCAAGACGGGGCUUUGCAUCACUUUGGAUGACGUUUUCUAUUUUUUUGAAGAUGGUCUCUGGAAACGCUGAUGUUUUGGGGAUUGUGAUCAGGCUGCGAGAGAGGAGAGUGGUUCAUCUUUUACUUGAUUUUCUUUUAUUUUUCAUUGGUCUUAAAGGAUGCGACGGGUGUAAGUGAUGCCGCUUUAAGGCCAGCUGAAGCCUUUUACAUGUGCAGGAUGUUAGCAUUAAUCAACACCCUGUGAAUAAAGGUCAGGAGGCAGGGUCGGUUUGAGAAACCAUAGAUAAAAAGAUAUAUAUACUGUAAGAACUUUUUGUUAUGAUGAUAUCUUACUGAUCAUUUUAGGGAAAGACAAAAAAAUAAUGUUCACUUAUCAAAGCUUAGUUGUCUUUCUACAGAAUAGAGAACAUAGCUAUAAGAAUUUCUAAAAAAAAAAAAUACAAUGUUUUUAUUGUGGUUUUAUUUGUAUUUGUAUUUCAAUUUUUGUACGUAUCAAGACUGUGAACGUAUGUACGGCUGUCAGGCUGUGAGUGUGUGUGUGUGUGUGUUUGAGUGUGUAGGUGAGCAGGUGUGUGCACAGGUGUGUGACAUGCAUGUGAGUGUAUGUUUUCACCAUGUCUGAAUCACUGGAAUCAGUCAAAAGACGACCUCAAUCUGGUAACGCACAUCUGUGAUGUUGGAAAUUCUACAAUAAAUGUCCUCUCCUUGUACAGCAACA